GUUUCUUCACAGCUCAAUCUCUCUGUCUUGUGCGCAGACGCAGCAUCUUUUUCCGGCUUUGCCUAUGGAAUGUUAAACGUGCUCUAGUUCGGUCUUAAGAAAAUAACGCCUCUAAUCCAGUAAGUAAGUUAAUAUAAACAAUGGCUCCUCAACCUCUCAUCAAAUCAAGACAAGCAGAAAAAACAAUAAAUGGAAAUUCAACUCAAGUUGUCUGCACAGAGUUCAGCAACUACAUUUUCAUCGUCCUGACACAGUAUGGAAAAAUCGGUACACUCGUGUCUGUAACGCCUGACACGAGGUCUGGUGACAUCAGCGUGCCAAUGUUCACGUCCAGAGUACUCCUGGGAAAGGAUGAGCCUUUUACACACGUCUACGCAAAAAAUGUGGUAACAUUCGUCUCACAGGAAUCAGGGAACCGGCCGGUUAUGUUGGGCCUUUCACUUAAAGACAACAGUGCUGAAACUAUGAAAACUAUUAAAGAUAUGAUCAAAAGCUGUCAAGUGUGGUAAACAGGAUUUCUGUGGAGGUUGCCAGUGCACACUAUUUUUAGACGAGCACAAGUGACAACAAAUAUGUGCAAUUGAUUGUUCUUGUUUUUAUUACGUAAAUACUUCUUGACAGUGUGUUACGAUUUAUUGCACACUAAAUGCUUAUGGAGUUUGAAAGCAUAUUGUGAGGACACUCCUUUGCCUGUCUUUGUGGUGUGUAUUUGAACUGUCAUAUUUAUCUGAUUAAAGUUUUAUUUUCUUA